GUAGAGAGAGCGGAGCGACGCCGGACGCUGUCCGGGAAGAGCCGAGGGGGCGGGCAGCACGCAGCGCCUUGGCGAGAGCGAGCGCCCGCGGUUCAGCCGUGGGCACGGUGGUGCCAGGAGGCCGGCGGGGCGGAGGCGCGCGCACAGCCCGGGGCGGCCGUGUCUCCCGGGAGAUGCUGUGACGGUCCGCGCGGGAGGAGCCCCCGGCCGAGCCUGCCGCACCCCUCCUGAAUCCCAGCGGCCGCGGCGAUUCGUCCCUCGCCCUGCUCAGUGGAAGUAUGCGAGACUUAGCAGCUCAGGUGACCAGUGGUCUCCUGCAGUUUCCAGAAGUGACGAUCCAAGCUCUUGGAGAAAAUGAAAUAACAUUAGAAUCUGUGCUUCAUGGAAAGUUUGCUGCAGUGAAAAAUGGACUUGCUUGCUUGGCUUGUGGUCCACAGCUAGAGGUAGUAAACUCUUCAACAGGAGAACGCUUAUCUGCGUACAGAUUCAGUGGAGUAAAUGAACAGCCUCCUGUGAUCUUGGCAGUGAAGGAAUUCACCUGGCAGAAGAGAACCGGCCUGUUAAUAGGCUUGGAAGAAGCAGAGGGAAGUGUCCUCUGUCUUUACGACCUCAGUAUAUCAAGAAUAGUUAAAGCAGUUGUUCUUCCUGGAAGGGUAACAGCUAUUGAGCCUAUAAUCAAUCAUGGAGGGGCAAGUGCCAGCACUCAGCAUUUACACCCGAGUCUACGGUGGCUUUUUGGUGUGGCAGCUGUGGUAACUGAUGUUGGACAGGUCCUUCUUAUUGAUCUGUGUUUGGAUGACUUGUCAUGCAGUCAGAAUGAAGUGGAGGCAUCAGACCUUGAAGUUGUAACUGGCAUCCCAGCUGAAGUACCACACAUCAGGGAAAGUGUGAUGAGAGAAGGACGCCAUCUGUGCUUCCAGUUAGUAGGUCCAUCCGGAACAGCCAUCUCAACUCUCAGUUACAUCAACAGGACAAACCAACUCGCUGUAGGUUUUUCUGAUGGCUAUUUGGCACUUUGGAAUAUGAAAAGCAUGAAAAGAGAAUAUUAUACACAAUUGGAAGGUGGCAGAGUUCCUGUAUAUGCUGUUACUUUUCAAGAACCUGAAAAUGAUCCUCGUAAUUGCUGUUACUUGUGGGCUGUUCAAUCUACACAAGAUAGUGAAGGGGAUGUUCUGAGUUUGCAUCUGCUUCAGCUGGCCUUUGGUGAUAGAAAGUGUUUGGCAUCUGGACAAAUCUUAUAUGAGGGUUUGGAGUACUGUGAAGAGCGAUACACACUGGAUCUCACAGGUGGCAUGUUUCCUUUGAGAGGACAGACUAGUAAUACCAAAUUAUUAGGGUGCCAGAGUAUAGAGAAGUAUAGAUCUCAUGGAGACAGAGAAGAAGCCAUGAAUGAAGUUGUGUCUCCAGACACUAGUGUUUCAGUUUUUACCUGGCAAGUGAAUAUAUAUGGACAGGGAAAGCCUUCUGUUUAUUUGGGACUUUUUGACAUAAAUCGUUGGUAUCAUGCACAGAUGCCUGACUCAUUAAGAUCUGGAGAAUAUCUGCAUAAUUGCUCUUACUUUGCUCUGUGGUCUCUGGAUUCUGUUGUAAGUAGGACUUCACCACAUCACAUCUUGGAUAUAUUAGUACAUGAGAGAAGUUUAAGUCGAGGAGUUCCUCCUUCAUAUCCACCUCCUGAGCAGUUUUUUAACCCAAGUGCUUAUAAUUUUGAUGCCACUUGUUUGUUAAACUCAGGAGUUAUUCAUAUUACUUGCACUGGCUUUCAAAAGGAGACUGUGACGUUUUUAAAAAGAUCGGGACCAUGUCUCGAUGAAGUCAUUCCUGAUGGUUACAACCGAUGUCUUGUUGCUGGCCUUCUCUCACCAAGACUGAUUGAUAUUCAGCCUUCCAGUUUAAGUCAAGAAGAACAGUUAGAAGCUAUAUUGUCAGCAGCAAUUCAGACAAGCUCUUUGGGGCUUUUGACUGGUUGUAUCAAAAGGUGGAUAACAGAAGAACAACCAAAUUCUGCUGCUAAUUUGCGCUUUGUUCUUGAAUGGACAUGGAAUAAAAUGGUUCUCACAAAAGAGGAGUUUGACCGUCUAUGUGCACCAUUGUUUGAUGGUUCAUGUCGCUUUAUCGAUCCACAAACUAUGCAGGCUUUGCAGCAGUGUAAUUUGCUUCUGAGCAACCUCAAUACAGUCUUAAGCUGCUUUGCAACAGAGGCUCAAGAUAUCACUGAGAGAGGUUUGAUAGACUUAAGCAAUAAAUAUAUAGUUGCCCAGCUUAUCUGUCAGUAUGCACAGAUGGUCCUGUGGUUCUCCCAUUCCGGACUUUUACCAGAAGGCUUAGAUGAUGCUGUGCAAUUGUCAAGGUUAUGCUACAACUACCCCGUAAUUCAGAACUACUACACCAAUCGUCGACAGAACUGUGAGCGUUUGUCAAGAGGGAAGUGGAACCACGAUUGCUUGAUGAUUGAUGGAUUGGUUUCUCAGUUAGGAGAUGGAAUUGAGAAGUUAUGGAGACGAGAGGAAGGAGGCACAGGAAGAUACCCUCCUGCUAGUAUACAUGCACUACUUGACAUAUACUUGUUAGACAAUGUUACUGAAGCGAACAAGCAUUUUAUUACCAUCUAUUUGCUGCUUGAUAUUAUGUAUUCCUCUCCAAACAAAAUGGACACUUCCAUUGAGUCCUUUCCUACUGCCUUCGCCAUUUCUUGGGGCCAGGUUAAACUUAUUCAAGGAUUCUGGCUGAUAGAUCAUAGUGACUAUGAGGGUGGUUUGGACCUUUUGUUUCAUCCAACUACUUCAAAGCCAGAGUCAUGGCAACAUGCAAAGGUUAUUGAAGCCUUUAUGAGUCAGGGUGAACACAGACAAGCCCUCAGAUACAUUCAGACAAUGAAGCCAGCGGUGUCCAGGGGGAGUGAUGUUACCCUUCAUCUCACUGUAUUGCUUUUCAAUAGAUGCAUGGUUGAAGCUUGGAAUUUAUUGCGACAGCAUUCUAAUAGGUUGAAUGUAGAGGAGUUAUUAAAGCACACAUAUGAAAUCUGUCAGGAGAUGGGCUUAAUGGAGGAUUUACUGAAGUUACCAUUUACAGACACAGAACAGGACUGUUUGGUGAAAUUUUUGCAGACCAGUGCCAGUGUUCAGAAUCGAGAAUUUCUUUUAGUCCACCAUUUGCAGCGCGCCAAUUAUAUCCCUGCCUUGAAACUGAACCAAACUUUGAAGGUUAAUCUUAUGAACGACCGUGAUCCUCAUUUGCGAGAGAGAUCAGUGGCUCGAAAUGCUAUAUUAGACCAGUAUGGGAAGGUUCUUCCUAGAGUCCAGCGAAAAUUAGCCACUGAGAGAGCUAAGCCUUAUCAUCUGUCAAGAUCAUCAGUGCUUCGAGAAGUUUCUAGACCCAAACCAUUAUCAACAAUUCCAAAACAAGCUAUGUCAGGAACGGUAUUAACAAGAUCUGCUUUCAUCAACAAUGUGUUGUCUAAAAUUGGAGAAGUUUGGACCAGCAGUGAGCCUAAAAACAGCAUCUUAACCUGCAUUAGUCCUAAAAUAGAAGAACCAGCUCCCAUAGCAUAUUCUCUGCCAGAUCUGGAACUCCCGGAGGCAUUUGUUAGAACACCUAUUUCAAAAACAUCACAAAAGGUUUCUCGAUUGCUGGAUCUGGUUGUUCAUCCUGUUCCACAACCUUCUCAAUGUUUGGGUCUGAUUCAGCACAGCCCUCCCAAAUCACCUUUGUACCUGCCAUCUAGUGUAUUGCCUUUAAGAUCAGAAUUGAAGGGAUCACAUCAGAAUACCGCCAGGGCUUCUGAAUUCUGCAUACUUGAAACUCCUCUUAUAGUUAAGAAAGCCAAAACUUUGGCCAUGUCAGUUACCUCGUCUGGAUUUUCCGAGUUUACGCCUCAGUCUAUCCUAAGGUCUGGUCUUCGAACAACACCGUUGGUGUCUCCUUCUCUAUCAACAGGGCGGUCUCUUACUCCUCCUCUACGAUUUAAAGAAACCAGAAUUUCAUUUAUGGAAGAAGGCAUGCAUGCAAAAGGUGCUACUGGGGCUGCAGAGGACAGCAAAAUACAUGUCACAGCAUCUUUCCAUAAGUGUGGACUUGAAGGAGAAGCUGAUUGGCUGAAAGACAAAGAUAAAACCAUGUCAUUUCCUUUGAAUAGCCCUGAAAAUGACCAUCAAAUAACACAUGUGAGGUCACAGGAUACAUCCUCACAAAGAUUGGAGAAACUGGAUAUGAGCAAAGAAACCAGUCCUGCCUCAACCAGAUCAGAUCAGACUAUCUUAGAUUAUCAGGAUGCACCAUCACCACAAGAAUUGGAGGAUGUUAUUUUUAUGGACUGUAAAUCAGCAAAUACUUCUACUGAGCAAAUUACAAACUUAACAGAACAAACUGAGAAAGAUGAUAGUCCUCUAGACCUUGAGAAACAAAUGGAAGUUGAAGAGGAAGCAUUUACAGAUUCAAAUCGUUUAAGCCCCAUUCAAGGAGCUGAUUCUCACUGUACACCAUCCAUCCAUGAAGGGAAAAUUCUUUCCCUGAAAUCCAAGAUGCCAGUUUUGGAGGAAGGAAUGUUAUCUGAUGAAACCCACCUCUCUACAGCUAUAUCAGAUAACAAUAAAUCUUUGGCUGAUGGCCUUGGUGAUUCCAGAACCUCUGAAAGCCUUGGUAUUUCUGAACAUGGACAUGACCAGGAAAUUGCAUUGAACUUAAAAGAUCAUGAGAUAGAAGUCAAUGUGCUAAAAGAAGGUGUUAACUUACCAGAAGAGAAGCCUCCGGUGUCUGACAGUCCUCCUGAUACUCAAGGAAUUCAUGUAAUUGAACAUGAAAAGCUUGAAGCUCAGGAUUCAGAAGCAGUUAAAAAUCUUUCAUUCAAUGAGUUGUAUCCCUCAGGAACUCUUAAGCUUCAAUAUAAUUUUGAUAGCAUUGAGCAACAAUUUUGUGACUUAGCUGAUAAUAAAGACACUGCUGAAUGUGACAUUGCCGAAGUAGACGGAGAGCUUUUUGUGGCUCAGAGCAACUUCACUUUGAUACUGGAAGGUGAAGAAGGAGAGACUGAAAUGGGCGACUCUGCAGCAGCUAACAUGUUACCUAAAGUAGCUAGCGCUGUGACCGACAGAAAACUUGCAUGCAGUGCCGAAAAUGGUGAUCAUGGACGUGCUGUGAACUUAUCAGCUAUCAUAACAAGUGAUCAAGAGUCCCAAAAGGAAGAGACAUUGCCAUAUGUGCCUGAACCAAUUAAAGUAGCAAUCGCAGAAAACUUACUAGAUGUGAUUAAAGACACAAGAAGUAAAGAAAUGACUUCAGACACAAUAGAACGGUCAGUGGAUGAGAACAUACCUUUAAUAAGCCAAAAGAUAAUGUCUUCCACCAAGUUAAGAAAAUCUGCGGUUAAGACCAUUCAGGAAACAAUUACGACAACCAUCAAGGUCAGCGAGACCGACGACACGAUUUCCUCUAGAACCCGAGCAAGAGGACAGCAUUUACAAAACCCGAGUGUCAGCUCAGCACAAAAGGAAGAGUCUUCUAAGCUGCUGGGACUCUCUGUUAAAAAAAGAACAAGGAAAACACGGAUCCCUUCUGAGGCAUCAGAGAGUUCCUUUUCUGAUACCAAGGAAAUAACUGAAAAUCAAAACCAAAAUAUACCUCAAAGUCCUGUUGCCUCUAGGAGAGGAAAGAGAACAAAGGAACUGAAUAAAGACACCUUGAUGGACCAGGAAUUGCAAGUUACACCAGCCAGGGAAUUAAGGAGGUUAAAGUCAUCUCAGCUGCUGGAACCAGCCCCUGAAGAAACUGCUAAGGAAGUUAAGCUUUCCUCUUCAUCUGUUACAAAAAAGACUCCUAAAAGGAGAAAAACUUCUGCAGAAAAUCAGGAAAGUGUUGAAACUGUAAAUAACAUGAAAGCGAGUAAAGCAGCAACUCCUAGCAGAAGUAUCAGAAAAUCCAAACGUGCCAAUUCAGAAGCUUUGGAAGAUACAGAGUUGAAGCAAAAUGCACUAUCCUAUGACCCGGAUCAUAGGAGAAGGGGCAAAGAGAGAGAUGCUAGUACACUGGAUGUGACAGAAAGCUUGAAACUUGAUUCAUCCAAGCUGACUCUUCAGGCAGGAUGUGAUAUACCUGACACACCUAGGAAACGUGGUAGGCCAAGAAAAGUCAAUCUAUCCGAAGACGUAGCAUCUAAGGCUGCUAAGGAAGAAAGCCCCACAAAGAGAAAAGUCGUUAGCAUCCAAAGGAGAUCUACAAGGAACACCCCGGCGAGAAGUGAAAGGACUGAUGUUGCAAAACCAGAAGAGCCCAUUUCAGUGCCACACGAGGAGCUCACUAUUGUGAUGAGCUCUGAGAAAAAGCUCGCCAGAAAGACUGAAAACCAAAGCCGAAAGCGUCCAUUAUGUGCCAUAUCUGAAGAUCAAAAGUCAAAUGACCAAGAGGGGUUGCUUGCGACAGCGGCUUUUACUAAAUCCUCCCGUAUCACAAGGACAAGGUCUAGCAAGGCCACCUUGUUGUCAGACCUUUCUGAACCACACAGUGAAUCUUUUCUAUUUUCUCCUCCUGCUUCAAAAGUUCCAAGAAAAAUGAAAGCUAAACAAGUAGAAACUCCUGCACAGCUGAAAGAAUUAGUGUCAGAUUUGACUUCUCAGUUUGUUAUUUCACCUCCUGCUUUGAGGACCAGACAAAAAAAUACAUCAACUGUGUCCACGGUUGUAGAUGAAUUGGAAGAUGAUGCUAAGGCAGGAGAAACUGUGAGAAAACAAAAAGUGAGAAGAGUCAGGAAUGCAGAAACAAGACAAGCAAGCAGAAACACAGAUAAAGAAGGUUCUUGGUCACCUCCUCCAGUAGAGAUCAAGCUGAUUUCUCCACUAGCAAGCCCAGUUGAUGGAGGAAAGAGCAAGCAAAGAAAAGCCACAGAGAUGACAGGAAAAGCUCUUGGAAAGAACCGAAAGAAACUGUCUUCCUUUCCAAAGCAAGUUCUACGCAGAAAAAUGCUCUAAUUUUUCUUUCAAGUUUUUAAUGUACACCUAUUUGUAAAAAGAUCACAAUUGUGUGGAUUAUUAAAAAUCAUCUAAUUUGGAAGAAAAUAAUUUAUAUAAAUUAUUGUAAAUUUUUGUAAACAGAAUUCUUCAGUAGUAAAAUAACUCCCUAUGGAGUAUGAUUCUUAAUCCAGGCAAUUUUUCUAUUUUAUAUUAAGACUUCGUACAUUUAUAUAAUAUGUAAAUAUGGCUAUUGGAAUGUUAAAUAAAGCAUCUACUACUUCACAGUAGUUUGUGUCUUAGAUUUUUGAGAGGGGAUUUAUUUGUCUUAAUGAUUUUAUAUGCUAGUAGGCAUUGAUCCAAUUUCUUUAGUUAAUAGAUCUUAGAAUGAGGAUCAUACUGGUUAUUUUAGAGUUGCUAUUUUAUAAUUUAUGCACUUUGAUUCUGUAAGAUUUCUAAUUAUAAAGUGUAUUUUGUUUUUGGCUGUCACUAUGUUGAAAUUGUGGGCAUGUGACUUUGCCACUUUUUUGUACUUUGACAAAUUUUGUGUAAUCUACCUCAGAUGAAUAAUUUUCCCAGUAAUGCAUUGGUUAACCUAUAAUGUUCGCAUUUCUUGUUCAGCAAGCUUAAAGGCUAUUUAUCUCUAAAAGGUCUCUUUAUUCAGAGACUGAUAAUCCAGGUUAGUUGACCGGUUCACUGCUCACAAGCAACCUCACAAAAGGGUUUGAGAAGAAUGUAAGAUCAGUCUGUGCACUUGCUGUGUGCCUAAUGUUGAUAAGAAAAUGCAGGACAGAUUUUGUACUGUAGCUUGGUACUGAAUCACAGGAAUCCCUUAAUUUUCAGAUAUCAAAACUAGCAAAUUAUCACAGGAACCUCAGGCACGAUUUUAUUGAGAGUUUGAAAUAUGAGUUGAUGUGGAAAAAGAAAUAAAAGCACCCUGCAUUUUGCAGUGUGACUGUGCACAAUUAUGUAAUUAGACUCGGAGUAGGCUGUUAAAUGCAUUAAUAAGUAAGUAACGUAAAAUAAUUUAUAACAAGUAAUUGAUAGUGUGUAAUGAGUGGACCAUUAGUAAUUGAUCAUCCAAAAAUGAACUGCUCUUGUUGGCCAAGCUAUUAAUGCUUUAGUGUGAAGCACAAGUAAGCUGUGUGCUUUUUUACAUUAUUUUUCUACCAAGCAACAGUAUGAAUAAAGAGAAAAUGAGGAAGAUGCCUAUGCCAGGUGCCGACAGUGUGAAAGUAGCAGUGCGCGUGCGACCUUUCAGUCAGGUUAGUGGUAAAGGUUACUUUGCCUUGUUGAAAAUAUAACUGACUUUGAUUUUAUCAAUUUUUUAAUGAGAAUUAACAAACUUCUAUUUAAGCUGCUUGUCAUUUAUGAAAUAUUAAACUUAUUUAAAUGAAAUUGUUAAAUGAAUUUAAGAUCUGAACAUUAUUAAGUAAACACUUUUGCGCAAGUAGCACAAUAAAAAAUGGCAAGAGAA